AUGCCCUUCAUGCACCCGUUUCCUGGUUCUGUCAAGGCCAAACUUAUCUCUACGCGAGAUUGCAGAGCGCACUGGAUCAUCACAUUCACCCAGCUCAAUUACCGUAUCAGUGCAUCCUGCACACGGACAGGUGUUGAGUGGAUCGAAGACAACGAUUUGGAAGUUUCGCACACGAUCGAGUACCAUAUGAUGGAAGGCUGUCCUGGGGCUGAAGAGAUUAAAAGCUUUAUCCUACUUCCAGAGCACCUCAGGAGAAUGCCACCGCAAGUUUGCCCUUGUGUGACUUGGACAUGGUACAUUAUCUGGGAUCUCAAUAGAAGGCACUAUAUUGAGGACGUUUCAUGCGACAAUGUCCCAAUACAACAACUAAAUGACAAACUGAUCAACAUUCAGUCGGAACUCUAUGGCAGUGUGUAG